AUGGGCGGGCUGGGCCGCCUGGCCGUGCUGCUGCUGGGGCUGCUGCUGCCCGCCCCGAGAGCCGCCGGGCCAGGCCAGCCGCGGGCCAGGAGCGACGCGCCGCGCCUCCGCCUGCCCUACAAAGAAAUGUUUGAAUCAAACAAUCUAGUCACUUUCAACGGUCUGGUCAAUAGCUCCAGUUACCACACUUUCCUUUUGGAUGAGGAGAGGAGUCGACUCUACGUUGGAGCAAAGGAUCACGUAUUUUCUUUCAACCUAGUCAACAUCAAGGAAUAUCAAAAGAUUGCCUGGCCUGUCUCUCCUACCCGUAGGGAUGAAUGCAAAUGGGCUGGAAAAGAUAUUCUGAAAGAAUGUGCCAACUUUAUCAAAGUGCUUAAGACUUAUAACCAAACACACUUAUAUGUCUGUGGAACUGGGGCUUUCCAUCCAGUGUGUACAUAUAUUGAAGUUGGAGGGCAUCCUGAGGACAAUAUUUUUAAACUAGAAGAUUCACAUUUUGAAAACGGCCGAGGAAAAAGCCCCUACGAUCCCAAAUUGCAGACAGCCUCUCUUUUAAUAGAUGGCGAACUUUAUUCUGGAACGGCGGCAGACUUCAUGGGCAGGGACUUUGCCAUUUUUCGUACCCUGGGGCACCACCACCCAAUCAGGACAGAGCAGCAUGACUCCCGGUGGCUUAAUGAUCCACGGUUUGUCAGCACCCAUCUGAUCCCAGAAAGUGACAACCCAGAAGAUGACAAGAUCUAUUUUUUCUUUCGCGAGAAUGCAAUUGAUGGGGAACAUUCGGGGAAAGCCACACAUUCCCGAAUAGGACAGAUCUGUAAGAAUGACUUGGGUGGCCACAGAAGCCUUGUCAACAAGUGGACGACAUUCCUCAAGGCCCGCAUGAUGUGUUCUGUGCCAGGGCCCAGUGGCAUCGAUACACAUUUUGAUGAGCUCCAGGAUGUGUUUCUCAUGAACUCAAAAGACCCUAAAAAUCCAAUCAUCUAUGGAGUGUUUACAACUUCCAGCAACAUCUUCAAAGGAUCAGCGGUGUGUAUGUUCAGCAUGACUGAUGUGAGACGAGUGUUCCUGGGUCCCUAUGCUCACCGAGAUGGCCCCAACUAUCAGUGGGUUCCCUACCAAGGGAGAGUGCCUUACCCAAGGCCAGGAACGUGUCCGAGUAAAACAUUUGGUGGCUUUGACUCUACCAAGGACCUUCCUGAUGAAGUCAUCACAUUUGCAAGAAGCCACCCAGCCAUGUACAACCCUGUCUUCCCGGUCAAUAGCCGCCCCAUCAUGAUCAAAACGGAUGUGGAUUACCAGUUCACACAAAUCGUUGUUGAUCGGGUGGAUGCAGAGGAUGGCCAAUAUGAUGUCAUGUUCAUUGGAACAGAUAUUGGGACUGUUUUGAAAGUUGUUUCUAUUCCUAAAGAAACUUGGCAUGACUUGGAGGAAGUUUUGCUAGAAGAAAUGACAGUUUUCCGGGAACCCGCAGCUAUUUCGGCAAUGAAGAUAUCUACAAAGCAGCAACAGCUCUAUGUUGGCUCAGCUGUCGGCGUUUCCCAGCUUCCCUUGCACCGCUGCGACGUGUAUGGGAAGGCCUGUGCUGAGUGCUGCCUCGCGCGGGAUCCCUACUGUGCCUGGGACGGCGCCUCCUGCUCUCGCUACUUUCCCACAGCAAAGAGACGCACAAGACGGCAAGAUAUCCGGAACGGGGAUCCUCUUACCCACUGCUCAGAUCUACAGCAUCAUGAUAAUCCAAGUGGACAAGGGCUUGAAGAGAAGAUCAUCUAUGGAGUAGAGAACAGUAGCACUUUCCUGGAGUGCAGCCCAAAAUCUCAGCGAGCUCUAGUAUAUUGGCAGUUCCAGAAGCCAAAUGAUGACCGAAAGGAAGAGAUCAAAGUAGAUGACCAUUUAAUCAGGACAGAACAAGGCCUUCUGCUACGGAGCCUGCAGCGGAGAGAUUCGGGUAUUUACUUCUGCCAUGCUGUAGAGCACAGCUUCAUGCAAACACUCCUCAAAGUGACCCUGGAGAUAAUCGACACAGAACACCUCGAGGAGCUACUUCAUAAAGAAGAAGACGGAGACGGUGCCAAGAUCAAAGAGGCCUCCAACAGUAUGACCCCAAGCCAGAAGGUCUGGUACCGGGACUUCAUGCAGCUCAUCAACCACCCCAAUCUUAACACCAUGGAUGAGUUCUGCGAACAGGUAUGGAGGAGGGACCGCAAACAACGCCGGCAAAAACCCGCCAAUGCCCAAGUGAAUACAAACAAAUGGAAGCAUCUACAAGAGAACAAGAAAGGUAGGAAUAGGAGGACCCAUGAAUUUGAGAGAGCACCGCGAAGUGUCUGACCUACAGUUACCUCUAGGAACUUCCUCCAGGUUAAAACUCGCUUAAACACAUAACUGGAAAUGAAACGCAAUAUAUGCGAACUUUUCCAUGGCUUUUCCAUGGAUGUUUACAAAGAGCUAGGAAGCUCAAAUACUUUCCACCUGAUUUAAAGUUAACCCAGUUCAAAUCUCCCUAUUGGACUCAUUCCACUAAUCCGUAGGGUUUCAAGGAUGUGAGAUUACUCUGAAAGUAACUUAUUGUUUGGUGGGUUCUGCAGUGAGACUGACUGGGCAUUUCUCUUUGUCAUCCAUUAUGCUGCCAUUUUGAAAAGGAAUUAUAAGGAGAAGAAGAAAAACAACUAUAAUCAGCAAUGUUACAUUUUUUUUCAACUUUCCUAAAAACUAUGUGAACCUUGUAAAGCUGAUGGACGCCUCCACACAUAGUUGUGCACAAGAACUUUUUGGUUUGGCUUGGUUUGGCUUGGCUUGGCUUGGUUUACCCAUUCUCUUCUUUAUAUAUGCAAUGGAAAUAUGAAAUCAAUCCUGUAUGCGAUGGCCUGUCCAACUCAGAUCACCAUAAAUCAUUCGUUAUCUGAAUCCACGGCAGCAGGAAGUGGAAUGCACUGACCUACUACUGAUGACUCCCUUCCCUAACUUUUGACCGAAAGAUGUAUUUUAUUAAAGCUAUAAUUUAAAUGUACCACAAAAAUAAGCAGUCAAAAAGAACCCUUUUCAAUAGAGAAAAAAUAGACUAGGCUUUUUUUCUGAUCAUAUUCUAUUAUUCUAACGUUUAGUUUUAAAUAUUUUUAAGGAAAGGCAGAUGACAGUUUUCAGUUGCUCUGUUCUAGGGUUUUGGUUGCUGGUGUUUUGGGAAAUGGUUCUGAAAAGUAAGGCAAUUAAGCAUCUACACAGCUGUUGUGCUCUGUGAUGGGCGACUUCCACUGAACUGGGGUAUUCCGGCAAAAGUCUGGGCACGCGUGCCUCCCCUUGUUCUUCCCUGACUGAUGGGUAUGAAAGGUUCCAACUUGUAUAAUACUUUGAUACAAAGAGAAACAGAUUCUGACAAUGAAGGGAAACUUAGUUGACUUAAGUUGUAUAUUUUUUUUUAAUUUACGAAGACUGUGAAUAGCAUU